AGUUAUAAUAAAUUAAAAUGGCGGGAAAUAAGGCCAAGCCUUAUAUAUAGGGAAAGGCAUCGGUCACUUAUUCAGGUUUUGUUCAUUCCCCAACCCCCAUUUCUGCGAGAGGAUACAUUUCCCCAGAGGAAAUUUGUGUUUAUUUAUUUUUGCAUAAAAAUGGGUAAGAAGAAGAAACCUAGGGUUUCGGAAGAGGAAACAGAGGAAGCAGUUCAAGAAGAGGCAUCCAAUUCUGGCACCAAAGAGAAGAGUUUAUACGAGAUACUUGGAUUGGAAAGGACAUCAUCACAGCAGGAAAUUAAGAAGGCGUAUUAUAAAUUGGCUUUGCGUCUUCAUCCAGACAAAAAUCCUGGCAAUGAGGAUGCCAAAGAGAAGUUCCAACUCUUGCAGAAGGUGAUAUCAAUUCUUGGAGACCCAGAGAAAAGGGCACUGUAUGAUCAGACUGGUUGUGUGGUUGAUGCUGAGCUUGGUGGUGCUGCUGUUGAAAGUUUGUAUGAGUACUUCAGGACAAUAUACCAGAAGGUUACUGAAGAAGAUAUUGAAGGAUUUGAAGCUAAUUAUAGAGGAUCUGAAACAGAGAAGGUGGACUUGAAGGAAUUGUACAAGAAAUGCAAGGGCAAUAUGGAUAAAGUUUUUAGUUGGAUGAUAUGUUCAGAUGAAAAGCUAGAUUCACAUCGUUUCAAGGAUAUCGUUGAUGUGGCAAUUGCUGCAGUUGGUGGGAGAUGCGAUUCCGGCAGAGGGUUGAAAGAGAAUAGGAAGAGGGGCAGAAGAUAGAUGAUAUUCACAACUGGACCAAACGAUCACGAAGACAAUGUUCAACUGCGAGAUGCAAUUGCAUUGCAGAUGUAACAUGCAUAUGUGAAUAGUUAGAGGUUUCUUUGUUUUUGUAGACUUAUAAUGGUGAAGGGGGGGUUACAUCAAAAAAUAUUGGUGAAGGAGGAUUGUUGAAAUUUUCAAUUGUAUGCUUCAUAUUGAUUAACAGUCUCUUACCCUGUUUAUUCUUGUUUUAUAUGCUUUCCAUUAGCUACCAUAAGACCAUGAUGAUGUUCCCUUUUACAAUAAAUUAUAUGAUUUUCAUGUGAUGUUUUUCAUUCUCAUAGCU